AUUUUGUCAGAGGUGAAAGGGCACAGAUAAUUUCAAGAUGGCUGCUCCCAUAGAUGACAUGUUUUCCCUGUGUGCAGACUCGAGCAAAGUUUGGAGUUAUGUGGAGGUUCGAACAAUCGACAAGGUUAAGGGGAAAGGAUUGUUUGCCAAAAAAGCCAUCCGGAAAGGGGAGACUGUAUUCAUGGAACGCCCCCUGGUGUGUGCCCAGUUCUUGUGGAAUGCAUUGUACAAGUACCGAGCAUGUGAUUACUGCCUGCGGUCCCUGGAGGCGGCUGAGGAGAAUGCCCGACGACUUAGUGGAAACCCCAGUCUUAUCCUUCCCUACCCUGAGCAAUGCAGAGUGCGCCCGGAGCUGCACCAGGCAUGCCCGCAGUGCCAGGUGAUGUACUGUAGUAGUGAGUGUCGACAGGCUGCAUUGGACCAGUACCACCGCGCCCUCUGUCUAGGUCUGUCUCAGGAAGACCCGGAACACCCAAUCAACAAACUCCAGGAUGCUUGGAGGAACAUGCACUUCCCCCCAGAGACGUCCAGUAUAAUGCUGAUGUCCAGAAUGGUUUCCACUGUAAAGCAGGCUAAAGACAAAGGUCAUUGGCUAAAGCUGUUCUCCCAGUUCUGUAGCCGGACGGCCAAUGAAGAGGAGGAGAUUGCACACAAGCUGCUGGGAGAGAAGUUCCAGGGGCAGUUGGCUUUGCUGCGGAACCUGUUUACAACAGCACUUUAUGACGAGCAUCUCAAUCGUUGGUUCACUCCGGAGGGUUUCCUUUCCCUCUUUUCCCUUGUGGGCACCAACGGCCAAGGCAUAGGCACGAGCUCCCUCAGUCAGUGGGUCCAUGGGUGUGAUGCACUGGAGCUGCCUCGCCAGCAGAGGGAGCAGCUGGAUGCAUUUAUAGACCAGCUUUAUAAGGACAUAGAGAGAGAGACAGGGGACUUUCUUAACUGUGAAGGCUCCGGCCUCUUCCUACUCCAAAGCUCCUGCAAUCACAGCUGCAUCCCCAAUGCUGAGGCUUCCUUCCCUGACAACAACUUUCUGCUUCACCUCACUGCACUCUGUGACAUCGGGCCUGGAGAGGAAAUCUGUAUCAGUUACUUGGACUGCUGCCAGAGGGAGAGGAGCCGCCACAGCCGCCACAAGAUCCUGAGGGAGAACUACCUGUUCCUUUGCACCUGCCCUCGGUGCAUCUCUCAAGCGGAUGAGCCGGACGUGACCUCUGAAGAGGAGGAGGACGACGGGGAAGGAGAGGGGGAGACAGAAGGGGACGAGGCAGAGGAUGAGAUGACUGAUGUUUGACAUGAACUUCAUGGCCAACCUUGCUCUUUCUGCUCACCCGACCACCACCACAUCCCAUUCCUCUGCCUCCCAACACAUCAGGCAUGCCCCACUGCCACCUUCCACCCGCACAGCACCAGCCCCACUUCCAAAUCACCAGCAUCCAUGAGCUGUCCGCAGGCAAACAUUGCUGAAAUGUUCCCAUACCUUAAGACUUUUUUUGCUUAUUGCUUUGUGCUGUUACAGAAGUGCUGUGACUUCAAGCGUCAACCAGACGAUCCUCCCCGGGUCUUCCAACCAAUGGCAACAGUGUAGAUUUCUGUCCUGUUGCCCCUUUCCCUGUGGUACUCCUAUAGAUGGUGGCCGAGACUGCACCCCUACUGUACAGCUGCUGUCCUGUUCCUGGACCGCAUAUCUGUGUCCAUUUCUUUAUGGCACACUGCACCGUCUCUUAAACUGUUACCUUAGUUUUGCAGACCCAGCUGCCUCACUCACUGAUUCAUGGUUAUUUCAACAGCACCUAUUACAUAGAACUUUUCCUGAGAUAAUCUUUUAGUCCUGUAGUCAAACAUUUGAUGUCACAGCUUUGGAAAACUGGAGAGGAAAUAAGUGGAAAUCUUUGUCGCCUAAGGAUGCACUUACGUAUAGCCAUUUGGAGUUCUAAAAAGAACACAUGUUAGUCUGCUAAGGUGCUGAUCUACAUAUAAAAGCAGUUUGAUGCAUUAAGGUAAAGUAAUCCUCUGAACUUGCAGUUUCGUUAAAUGAUAAUGUAUUUGAUAUACUGAUUAAAUUGUCCUGACGAUGAGUCCUGCUAUUUGCAUUUUCUUUAUUUUCUGGUUUAUGCCUAUUCAGUUUUCUUUGUACGGAUGAGAUCAGUUGAUACUGUGGUCUGUUUGACCGGUCUGAUGAGAGACCUGUAUGAGAGAUUUUUUUAUUAUUAUAUUAUGUUAACCCAGCUCUGUGGAGAAUGUAGUUACUUUGGACAAGUUCAAAACCUACAUAUCUUGUGUGAUAUGGAUUACCUUAUGACUUGAAUACACAAAAACUGGACACCUCAAACAGAAGUGACAUUGCCACAAGCAAUCAUUUGGAGUGAUUGCCUGGACUCUCGACCACGAGGUGGCACUGUUUCAGAGGAAGGACAAAAUGUAGAUCUGCCAGAAAGUUUUUGGAAACAUGAGUGUUGAUGGAAAUCAUGGGUGGGCAAGGAUUAUUGAGAUUCAGUGGGAGCAAUCCAUUCUUUGCAGAAUAUACAUGGUUGAACUUUAUCAUUCUUUACAACUGAUGAGCUGCAGGCCAUAUAAAAAUUCCCGCAGUCUGUUCAAGUCCCCCUUGUCAUAAACCCUUUUGCUCAAACAACAAUGAAUACUGUAUUUCACAGCAAGGCAAACAUUCUUAGCAAAGGAAUGCAGACAGCAAUUGAUUUUUUCCUAGUUUAAAGGAACAAAUGAAUUGUAAUGUGGCCACCUUAAAAAAGUGGGUGAUAUCUUCAUUAUGGAAGGUGCACAAUUACUGGUAGUAUGUCACUUGUAACUUGUCUAUAGUGCCUAGUGGGACUUCAGGCCUUACUACCAAGGCAGUCAUGCCCCCCCCCCCCUUUUCAAGGUGGAAAAUGAUUUUGAGGUCCUUGAGCUGGUGAGAUGUCCACUUUUCGUUUAUAAAGCUGCAUAAUUACUGAAUAAUAUUGGGCUAUAUACUUUGCUGACGGUUACAAUGACAGCACCCCACAUGAGAAGUGGGUACCUGAGGUUUGUAAAUCCAGUACUUAAACCAUGCACACCAAAAUUCCUAUGCCAUUUUUAGCCUAAAGCCAAGUUCUCUUGUCUCCCUGUCUGACCCUAGUAGAAAUGUCCUGUUCUGAAAUGGCAUUUUGGCCAUACUGAUAUUUUGGACAGAAACUCAGGAAGGUACAGUGUUGCAUGAAAGGACAUGGCUGUUUUGCCUGCUGUGGCAGCUCUGUUUGCCACAUUUUGUGGUGUGCUGUAACAUUGAGGGUGUCCCACACACCACUUGCUCCACUGCAGCUGGUAGGGUAAUGGCUUCUUUUGAGCUGGGAGAAUUUACACUGUAGCCUCAAUUCAGGGCUAUUUAAAAAGAAAACAAGAAGUACACAGCUGGUGGAGAUGUUCUUGAAUUCACCAGUCGUGAUACAACCCAAGUCAACCCAUAGCUUGUUUUUGACUUGUUUUAAAUCAGAACUCACUUCAAGCUGUGAUUAAGGGACAGAUAAGAGGAUUGACUUGAUUACAUUUUAUGGGCGUGCCUCUGGUUUUAUGUUGGUUGUAUGCUGUGUACCCCCCUGUCCUAUAUGGCUUGGCUCAAAUAGAUGUGUUCCAUUUCUGUUGCAAAAGGCCAUCUUUUUUAGGACCAUCCUAUGCAAGGUCUGUUGAUAAAGAUUGUAUUUCUGUGCACAACUGUUGGUUAAAAUUAAGUCUGUGAUGCAUAUUGAAGAAAUCAUAUGUCACAUUUUAAAUUCAGAAUAGAGUUUUGGUGGCUUGCUUAGCUUUCCAAUGCAGCAGGGCUGGAAAUGCAGUAAGAAGCCUCGAGCUGAUUGGUUCAUCACCAGUCGAUUACAAAAGUGAAGAUGAAACAUGGACUGUCCAUGGUUUGGGAGGCGUAUAACAUAUUUCAGAGACUCAUUAAUUUUGACUUGUGACUUCAUCACAUUUAGUGUAACAAACAUGUCUGGUGAAUCACCUUAUUCUAACAUUUGAGCUUGACCACAACUAUAACUAACUGUUAUUCAAAUUGUUCUAAUGUUUGUAACACAUUUUUCCAAAAAUAAAUUUAAUCCACGAUUUUUC